CCCUAAUACGCUUGUACUAUAUACAGCUUGCUCAUAGCAGAUGCCAUGUGAAAAAAGCCCCAAAUAUUCGAGAAAGAUGCCGUCGAGUGAGCACUGAAAUAUAAACAUAUAAUCUCGAAGACGGUCGCCAUCUUGCCUCGAAAAUGCGAAACCUUCGGAAUAUCCGAUACAAUGCCUGGAACACCAGCACAAGUUUUGAUGGCAGCGCCAUUACGUCAAGUUGCUGGGACCCCGCGAAAGACGAGAUUUUAUGCACCCUCGGCCCAGACGCCAGAGACGGCCGCAUCCGACUACUGAGGAUCUUGGAGCAUGUGAGAGCGUCCUCGAUAGAUGUUGAGUGCCAAGAAGUAGCCUCAUGGGAUGCUCCAAGUCCCAAUCCAGACCUCGCUGUCGACAGGGUAGUGAGUCUGCAUCAUUUUGCCGACAGUUUGACAACAUGUCUCGUCUUGGAAGGCGGCGAUAUUGUUGUUGUCGUGGAAUCGGAGGGGCAGGCUUCAUCGGACAGCGUCUAUAUCGAAAUUAAAGGCUCUAUCGAUGAGGGUAUCACUGCUGCCAGCUGGUCGCCUGAUGAGGAGCUUCUGGCCAUCACUACCAAAGCCAAAACUGUGGUUUUCAUGAGUCGCACGUUCGAUGGAAUCACCGAUGCGACCAUGACAGCCGAAGACUUGAAAGCCUCGAAACAUGUAUCCGUAGGCUGGGGUAAGAAGGAGACACAGUUUCAGGGGAGAGGUGCCAAAGCACUCAAAGAUCCCACGAUACCCGAGAAAGUAGAUCAGGGCAUCAUAAGUCCUGCUGACGAUGGCAAAACUUCCAUCAGCUGGAGAGGGGAUGGUGCGUAUGUUGCUAUCAGCGCCAUCGAGGACGGUAUCCGCAGAGUUAUACGAGUGUAUUCUCGAGAUGGUGUACUUGACAGCGCUAGUGAGCCCGUUGAUCACAUGGAUAGUGCUCUAAGCUGGCGACCAGCCGGCAAUUUGAUGGCCAGUAUCCAACGUCUCGAAGACCGAGUGGAUGUUAUUUUUUUCGAGAGAAAUGGGUUAAGACAUGGACAGUUUACCUUGAGACCUCCAGAGAAUAGGACACUGACCGCGGAUAAGAUCGACUUAUCGUGGAACUGUGAUUCAACUGUCCUCGCAGUCACGCUCAGUGACAGGAUUCAAUUAUGGACCAUGGGUAAUUAUCAUUGGUACUUAAAGCAAGAGGUUUUCACUACAAACCAGCCAACGGAAAUUGUUUGGCACCCUGAAAAGCCACUUCGCUUUGGUGCUGCUAUCGCGGGUAAGCUUAUACAAGCGGAGUACAUCUUUGAGGUCGCCCGUGGCUCGCUCAGUCCACCAUAUGAUUAUGGUGCUGUUGCCGUUAUUGAUGGCCAGAACCUCAAAGUCACCCCCUUCCGAACAGCAAAUGUGCCACCUCCCAUGGCAAUGUUUGAGCUCCCUAUUUCGUCCUCCGCUAUCGACGUAGCAUUUUCACCAGCCAACAACUUCAUGGCCGUCCUUCAUCAAACUGGUGUUGAUCUGUAUGAGUGGAUAACUCAGCAGCAAAGGUCAUUGUGUCCACGCCUUAUCGGCACCACAGAGUUUGCUAAGGAACAUCUCGGAGAUCAUCUUUUACCACUGCAAAUCUCCGUAACUGAAACAUUCAGUAUUCAUUGUCUCUGUUCGGGCGGUGAAGGACCUUUGAUAUUUUCUCGGGGCUUCGAUCCGUUUAGCGGUGAAUUCUUACCGGGUACUACUAUGUAUUCAGGUUCUAUCUUUGGCUUCUCGCGUUUAACGCAAGCAAUUUCCGAAGAUGUAGUCGCUCAAGACGCACUUGGCAAACUCCAUGGGGUUGCUAACCAGGUUGACGAAUUAUUUUCAGUCCGCCAUAACUCCCAGCUUCCUUGGAGUGAGGUUAUAGAUCUAGCUGGCAAUGUUGUUGCUAUAGGGCUAUCUCGAAAUGGCCAUCUUUACGCCAAUACACGUCUCCUACUAAAGAAUUGUACCUCAUUCUUAGUUACACCAGCUCAUCUGAUAAUUACUACGACGAAUCAUUUGCUAAAAUUCAUUCAUUUGACCGAUGUAGACUUGAUGGAAGUACCCCCAGAUGAUCCCGAAACCGAUGAAAGAUGUCGGAGUAUUGAGAGAGGCGGUAGGCUCGUCACAGCCAUGCCCACCAAUAUGAGUUUAAUAUUGCAGAUGCCUAGAGGUAAUCUAGAGACAAUAUUUCCUCGGGCCAUGGUUGUUGCUGGAAUCAGGAAACUUAUUGAGGCACUUGAUUAUGCCAAAGCCUUUGCUUUCUGCCGAACUCAACGCGUGGAUAUGAAUAUUCUCUAUGAUCAUAAACCCGCACAGUUCCUAUCUCAUAUUGGGCUAUUCCUAGAGCAGAUCCAAGACGUAGCAAACAUAGAUCUAUUUCUAUCAUCUUUACGCGAUGAGGAUGUUACUCAGACUAUGUAUCGGGAUACGAAAGCAUCCAAAGAUGAAAGUCGAACGACCGAAUUGUCAGCUGAACCAAAUCUAGCUAGCGGAGACGUAUCAAAGGUGAACAUAAUCUGUGAUACAGUGUUGUCUCAUCUUCAGUCCCGUAAUACUAUGGAUCAUGGAACAUUGCAAAAUAUCAUCACUGCUAACAUUUGCAAAUCACCACCUGCCUUUGAAGAUGGUCUGCAAGUAGUUGCUACACUCAUGAAAGAAGAUGACAAGCUUGCUGAAACAGCUGUCGAGCAUAUAUGCUUCUUAGCAGACGUGAACACAUUAUAUGAUGAAGCCUUGGGUCUUUAUCACUUGGAUUUGGCUCUCUUGGUGGCACAACAGUCCCAACGCGACCCUCGAGAGUAUCUCCCAUUCAUCCAGAACCUGCAUCAGCUUCCAGAACUGCGAAUGAAGGUUGCCAUCGACGACCAUCUCAGCAGACAUGAGAAAUCAUUGUCUCAUCUUAAAGAUAUGAAUGCACACAAAGAAGCGCAAGAUUACACAGUCAAGCACUCCCUCUAUUCAACGGCGUUGAAGCUUUAUCGAUAUGAUGCCACGAAUCUUCCCCUUCUCAGGGGCCUAUAUGCGACAUAUUUAGAAUCUAAGUCUAAGUAUCGAGAUGCAGGUCUCAUCUACGAGUCAUUGCAAGAUUACACCGCAGCCACGCGCUGUUACCGCGCAGCGGGUGUCUCCUGCUGGCGCGAAUGCCUCUUCGUCGCACACCAACAAACACCAGCCCUAACCCCGGACGCCCUUAAUGAGCUGGCUACUACUCUCGCAGAGGCCGUCUACGAAGCCAAAGACUAUGCAGCUGCAGCGACAAUUCACCUCGAACACCUGGGUUCCCUUGAGGCUGCCAUUCCUUGCUUGUGUAAAGGGUAUCUCUUCGCAGACGCCAUGCGACUGUGCAUCCAACGCCAGAAGACAUCACUCCUCUCCCUCGUCGACACCAGCAUCGCAGAUUCACUAGGAAGCACCACAGAGUUCCUCGCGGACUGCAAGUCGCAGCUCCUAGCACAAGUCCCCAGGAUCGCAGAGCUGCGACGCAAGGCAGCCGAGGACCCCCUAGGCUUCUACGAAGGCGAGCGUGCAGGUGGCGCCGAUGUCCCGGACGAUGUAUCGGUGGCCGCAUCUUCGCGCGUCACGCACGGUGGUGCCAGCCUGUUCACGCGGUACACGGGCAAAAACAGUGUCGGCACGCUCGGCACAGGCGUCUCGCGCGCCACGAGCAAGAACCGCCGCCGCGAGGAGAAGAAGCGCGCUCGCGGCCGCAAGGGCACUGUCUACGAGGAAGAAUACCUCGUCAACAGCGUGCGGCGCCUCGUCGAGCGCCUCGAGACCACGCGCCCCGACAUCGACCGGCUUGUCGCUGCCCUCGUACGUCGAUCCAUGAUCGAUCGCGCCAGGGCCGUCGAGAGUCUCGCUGCUGAGGUCAUCGAGGCGUGCCAGAAGGCUAUCAAGGAAGUCUUUCCUGGCGGUAAAGAGGAAGAAAAGGAGGUGGAGCAGGGAGCUGAGGAGGAAUGGAGGCCUAUGGGCGGCGACGCCGUGUUUGCUGACGCCUUGGACGCUGCGUGGCGGAAGCAGGAACCGCCUGCCAUUGCGGCGUUUGAGAGGAUGUCGCUGCUUGGGUGAUAUUAGGAAUCUUCGGUCGAUUAGAGUCAUGAGUGAUGAUCCGGUUGGUGAAAAAGAGGGAAUACACGGGACGAAAAUGGGCCUAUAGGUCAUGAAAAAUGUUAAAAUAACGAAGACAACAAAGAGAGAUCGAUGAAAAUCACUUGUGCAUCUGAUAAGUUAGUAUUUAUAAAAAAAAAUUUUAAAAAAAAAAA